UGCCGUCCCUCACCGAGAGCCACGGAAGGAAAAAACCAUGAGGAAAACCGCCUGGAGCGCGGCCGGGGCGGUGUGCGUGAGGCGGGCGGGGGUUGGGCCGCUUCCCGCCCAGGGAGAGCCCAAUGCGCCGGCUCCCGCCCAGCGUCCCCGGGCCGCCGUCCUCCGUCUCGGCCGCCGCCGCCGCUGCCACAUGGCUCAAAAUGGACUUCAGUUCUGAGAUACAAGUGGCUUUUUCAAAAGAGAGACUGAAGGCACCAAGGAGUUUCUACCUUGGUGAAGGCAUACUGGGCAAGUAUUGACUGUGCAAGCUGUUCUUAAGAUGUCUGAAGAUGACGAAAAAGUUAAGCUCCGUCGAAUUGAACCUGCCAUUCAGAAAUUCAUUAAAGUGGCAAUUCCAACAGAUUUGGAGAGGUUAAGAAAACACCAAAUAAAUAUCGAGAAGUAUCAAAGAUGCAGGCUCUGGGACAGAUUGCAUGAAGAGCACAUCAAUGCAGGACGAACAGUUCAGCAACUCCGUGCCAAUAUGAGAGAGAUGGAGAAGCUCUGUUUGCGAGUGCGACGGGAGGACAUCCCAGUUCUGCAGAGAAUGAUAAAUCCCAUUAAAGAAGAAGCUUCAUUUGCCAUAAAAGACUUCCUGCAGCUCCAUUCUGAAUCUGCAGAAGAACUUAAAAGACAACUCGGAGGACAAGAGGAUGCUUCGUUAACUCGAUCUGCAACUCUAGAAGGAGAAACUUUAUACAACGCAGAAGAGAAGGAUGGCUCCCAAAGUUUAAUCCAGACCUACUCACAUCUUCCCGAAAUACCUCAGGAAGAAAAUGCAGCUGAAUCCUGGGAAACUUUAGAAGAGGACUUGAUUCAGCUUAGCCAGUUGGUGACUGAGUUUUCUGUCUUAGUCAGCUCUCAGCAGGAGAAGAUUGACAGGAUUGAAGACCAUGUCAACAGUGCUGCUGUGAAUGUUGAAGAGGGAACCAAAAACUUGGGGAAGGCUGCAAAAUACAAGCUGGCAGCUCUGCCUGUGGCAGGUGCAGUCAUUGGUGGAGUGGUGGGGGGUCCUAUUGGUCUCCUUGCAGGCUUCAAAGUGGCAGCAAUUGCAGCUGCACUUGGUGGUGGGAUUUUGGGUUUCACAGGUGGAAAAUUGAUACAAAAAAGGAAACAAAAAAUGAUUGAGCCGGUCUCUUCCAGCUGUCCAGAGCUCUCUUGUCAAAGUGCCAAAAAAUCCAGCUGAAGUAUAGAUUAAUUUUGAAUAGGAAUUAAAGUGUAGUAGCCGUGCUAAUGACAGAUUUGCAGCCUUAUGCUUUAAAUACAAGGCUGGGUUGUAGGAAUUUUGACAACAGGACUGUUACUUGGGAGGGGUGAAACAGUAUUUCUCUCUUCAGAUGCAGUGACACCAAUCCUUUGAAAAUUAUAUGGAUAACCUUUAAUUUUAAAAUUCCUGGAUGGGCUUUAUGUGCAGCUGUAAUGAUGAAGGACAGGUGCUUCAUGGCAAAGUUGCACAAAGUGUCUUGCAGACAAUCCUGAGAGAGUUAGAAAAUCUUAGUAUUCCCAUAAAUGCCAUAAAUGCUGUCCAGAAGCUGUGACUUUUAUUAUUGUGCUCAAAAAAAAAAAAAAAAACAAACCCCAAAACAACCUGCAUCUAUCUUCCUCAGUCUUUAGUACUUUCAAAUUUACUUUCAUUUAUCUGGGUUCCCAAACUCCUGGGAAUACCCCCAGGAUAUGACUGACUAUGCCCGUACAGUAACAUUAGCUGCUGUAGGAAAAGUGAAAAUGUGGGGUGAGGAAUGUGGAAAAAAACCUCCCCCAUUUACCUCCAUCAGCCAAAUUCAAUCAGCAUCUUGAGCAGCUUUCCCCCUUUGUAGUAUUUUUUUAAAUUUUGUAAAAUUAACUAUUAUAAGCAGCAACCCUGCAGGGCCUCUUCUGCAGAAUAAUAAUUUUCCAGGGCUGUUCAAGUUUGUGGCUUGUCCUGUGAGCACCAUACAGGAUACAGGGAGAAGCCCUGGCAUUCCAAGUCCAAAGCCCCAUCUCCCUCAGCAGCCUUCAAGGGUGGCUUUAGGCACCAGGUCAAAGGAUGGAGAAGCAGGGAGGCGAGUGAAUUAUCUCUUAAAUGGUGCCAGUGUCAGCUGACAGCCCCACUUCAUAGCACUGUUUGGAAGUGGCAACUUUAUACUGGUUGCAGUAAGUGAACUGUGCUUGUUCAGGUGAGCUGCACCCCUCCUGCAUCCUGUUCACUGCUAGAACACCCACACUGUGAAGCAUCACCUCAGCCUUUAAAGAUUUUGGGACAUGCUGUGGAGCCUGUAUGGGGUGAGGUGCUGCUAGUGCUGUUGGCAUUUUGUAGCAGAUGCCUGUUAUUCUUACCAUCCUUAUUUUGCUGCUCAAGAAGCCUCUUGCUUCUCAAACUUGCGUUGUUAAAUAGGGAGUGUUAACAUGUUUUUUACUGUCACCCCAUCAGCACAUGUUCCUUCCUCCAUCCCUACAUAACAGUUCUCACACAACUGCUGCUGCUGUUUGGGGCAAAAGAAACUGAGGCUGGGAAGCUGCUUUUUAAAGUUUUUAAAUUGUUCAAUUCAUCCUGAGCUCAGCUUGAGUCCAGUUUUAUUAGGUGAACACUGAAGUCAGUGUUCAGUGAUAAGGUUCCCCAGCAGGGAACACUGUAGAAGGAUGCACACUAUAGAAAGUUCCCCUUUUCUUAACCAGUACUUUGAUAUCAUAAUUGAAAAUAACUGCCUAAUAAUGACAGAUGAUAGGUUUGUGUGCCUAGAGACACUGUAAGGAACUGUUAGUUACAGCACAAAUACCUUUUUCUGAACAGCUCUUCCUUAAGACUAUUAAAAUUGCUACUGAAAUGGCUGUCAGUCAGAGCACUGUGUCUAUUUUAAGUAGGUCCGAGGCUCAGGGAAGCAGUGUGUGCAAAAAUAGUUUUCACAGGUAGCUGCAAACAUUAUCAAAAAUACAUGUAGUAAAGCCACAGUGCCUACAUCCAUAAAGUCAUCUGGCAUGGAAGACAUGACCCAAGGAAUUCAGCUCAUUUGCUCCUGUCAAGCAAAAAGCACUUUUGUAUAAAUGCAUCUAUUUUUGGAUAUAAACACAUUAAAUGAACUUCUAACAGCUUCAUACUAAGGCUGUUCAUUUCUUAGAAACUAUACAUCAGCAUUCAAAGAAGAAAGGGAGGAAAGAAGUUCUUAAUCAGAAACUGUAGUUGAUUCUUUGUAUGAUUUUAAAAAGCUACAGUGGCUUUUCUACUGUGUGCUUCGAAACCUUGUGCAUUAAAUGACAGCAGCCACAUCAGAGUCAUUGCAGGCUCUGCUCUAUCCCCCCCCAAAUGGACUAAUGCCAGGACAAUCUAAAUUCAUAAAACUGAAUUCCUGCCACAGCUGAUACAAAACCAGCUUGGUACACACUUGUUUUAUGAAGUGUCUUGCACAAAGCCUGUUCUUCCUCUUUGCAUCUUUAAGGAAGCAAUUUCAAAACGUUAUGUACACACCGGACUAGGGAAACUAUUAUUUAAGCUACGCUAUUUUAAAAUAGAUGGGUUAUUUACAUAUGUGAAGAAACGUGCACCUGAGUAACCAAACUAGCAUUUAAAUUGCUAGGCACGUUAGUCAGAAAAAAAUGUAAGUUAUACAUAAUUCUUUCAGACCAAAUAAAAGUUUUUAUCUAUGAAA